CCCAGACCUCGACAGCAAAUUCUUUGUUCCCAUCAUCAUCAGCAUUCAUCAGAUCCUCUGGCCAUUGUCUUGGUCACACGCUCCCAUUCACAAAGGCGACGACUGGCUUGAUUCAUCUGCUCUGUCAAUACCACAUCACAAUCCCCCUCGAUAGCAACGAGCGUUCCUCCAGCCACAUCAAAAUGAGCAGUCACAAGUUUGAUCCGGAGUUCUACGCUGUCAUGCAAGAGGCCCUCAAAGCACCCGCCCCAAGAGCUAAAGAUGUAUACGACAUCCGAGCUCUCAAUAACGCUCUCCUGCCCGCCAUUUCGGGCGCAUAUCCCGUCGCCAAAGGCAUUCGACAAGACAGCUUCAGCACCACAAGCUACGAUACCGUCACGGUGGACAUAACCCGCUUCGCUUCCGAAGCGACCCUCAAUUCUGAUACCCCGCUGCCUGCGGUGGUAUAUAUCCACGGUGGAGCCAUGGUUUCCGGAACCGCGGCCAUGUAUGCGCAGCUGACGGCCUAUCUCGCCGAACAGCUGGGGUAUCCUGUUUUCUCGGUCGACUAUCGCGUUGCACCCGAAUACUCGGCGGUCGAGAGCAUGGAGGAUUGCUAUGCCGCGGUCGCUUGGGUCUCUCGGAACGCCGCGUCCCUCAACGUUGAUGCCUCGAAGCUUGUCGUUAUGGGUGAUAGUGCGGGUGGUCUUCUAACUGCGAGCACCGCACUGAAUGCGCGAGACCGCCAGCUUAGCCCACCGCUGGCCAAGCAGAUUCUGAUCUAUCCUACGCUCGACGACCGUGUCCCGAGCACGCAAGAUGACCCUCGCAGGGAUCUACUGCUCUGGAAGGAAGAGUACAGCGUGAUGAUUUGGAACGCGUACUUGGGCCAGGGGAAAGCGGGGAAGGAUGAUGGUGCUGGGAUCCCGCAAAACUCUGUCCCGGCGCGAGUGCAGGACUUGAGCGGCCUUCCGUCGACUUACAUCGAUACUGGCACGCUUGAUUUGUUUCUAGAAGAGGAUAUGGCGUACGCACACAGGCUGAUCAAAGCUGGGGUUGAGGUUGAGAUGCAUGUACAGCCUGGCUUGCCCCAUGGGUGGGAGCAGGCGGGUCCCAUUGGCUGGUUCAAGGCUGCCAUUCAGUCUCGAGUUGAUGCUAUCAAACGCGGGUUUUAAGUGAUUAGUGCAUUAUCGGUCCUAUCUAAGUCCAUUAUAAACACGAGACUAGGCAGGGUGAUGUUUCUUAGGUUGGUGAAUAUCAAAUAACAAUAGAAUUUAGCUCGCGGUAGUAAGACGCUAUCUAGAAACUGUAAAGCAAACCCUCGCAGGCUGUAACAAUAGGGUUCAUCCUCCAGCCUCUUCAUCUGUCAAACAAAAAGGAAAAAAGCAGUACAAAUCAAACAUUGAUGUCCAGUAAGUU